AUGGCUGCUGCUAUUAGUCGAUCAAUGGCCAGCGUGAGAGCUCUACCGCGCCUCCAAUCGGCCCGGUCCUUUGCAACCUCCCGACAUCUCCAUGCUGCUGCUGCUGCUGUGAAGCCGUUUUUCUCCAGUGAGCCAACUGGCCCGCAGGUUAAAACUGCCAUUCCAGGCCUAAAGAAUCAACAAGCAACUACGGACCUGGGAGAGGUCUUCGACAUCAGGGGCAUAAACAUGAUGGCAAAUUAUGAAAACAGCAUUGGCAACUACAUUGCGGAUCUUGAUGGCAAUAUGCUGCUGGAUGUAUAUGCUCAGAUUGCCUCAAUUCCCGUUGGCUACAACAACCCCGCCUUGAUUGCUGCAGCGAAGUCUCCAGAGAUGGUGUCCUCCUUGGUCAAUCGCCCCGCUCUAGGAAACUUCCCGCCCCAUAACUGGGCAUCUAUCCUCAAAUCCGGUAUCCUUAAAGUCGCACCCAAAGGCCUCAAUCAGGUGUUCACCGCCAUGGCUGGUUCCGAUGCCAAUGAAACAGCUUAUAAAGCUGCUUUCAUCUGCUACCGCCAGCGUCAACGUGGUGGACCCAAUGUCGAAUUCACUGAAGAAGAGAUCACCUCCAGUAUGGAAAACCAAGCUCCUGGUUCCCCACCACUGUCUAUUAUGUCCUUCAAAGCCGCCUUCCACGGACGCCUCUUUGGAUCUCUUUCCACCACAAGGAGCAAGCCCAUACACAAAGUGGACAUCCCUGCUUUCGACUGGCCUCAAGCCUCUUUCCCCAGACUGAAGUAUCCCCUGGAACAAUUUGCCGCGGAAAACGCACAGGAAGAGAAACGCUGCCUGGCUGAAGUAGAGCGUAUCAUCAAGGAGUUCCGCAACCCCGUUGCCGCCGUCGUUGUUGAGCCCAUUCAAUCAGAAGGCGGAGACAACCAUGCCUCCCCAGCUUUCUUUCAGGGUCUCCGUGAAAUAACCAAGCAAAACAACGUCCUCCUAAUCGUCGACGAAGUCCAAACCGGCAUCGGAGCCACAGGCAAAUUCUGGGCCCACGACCACUGGAACCUCCAAACACCCCCCGAUAUCGUCACUUUUUCCAAAAAGGCCCAGGCAGCCGGCUACUUCUACGGGGACCCACAGCUGUGCCCCAAUAAGGCCUACCGCCAAUUCAACACAUGGAUGGGCGACCCAGCCCGCGCUUUGAUCUUCCGUGCCAUCAUCAAGGAAAUUGAACGGCUGGAUUUGGUAAAAAAUACUGCUUCCACGGGUGAAUAUCUGUAUGCUGGUCUCGAGCGGUUGGCUCAGCAAUACCCGAGUGAAUUCCAGAAUCUGAGAGGAAAGGGGCAGGGCACAUUUAUUGCCUGGGACAGCCCGCAGCGUGACGCGUUUUUGAAGAAGGGUAAGAGUGUUGGGAUUAAUAUUGGUGGGAGUGGAGAGAGGGCUGUGCGCUUACGGCCUAUGCUGAUUUUCCAGAAGCAUCAUGGUAAGCUAGAUAUCAUUUUGAUACCCAUCUAUCUCUUUUAG